AUGAUCUUCGCCGCCCGUCAACUUCAGGAGAAGUGUCAGGAGAUACGGACCCACCUGUACUCUACCUUCGUGGACCUGACGAAAGCCUUCGACACGGUGAAUCGUGAAGGACUGUGGAAGAUCAUGCAGAAAUUCGGCUGUCCGGAGCGAUUCACUCAGAUGGUGCGUCAGGUGCACGACGGUAUGAUGGCGCGAGUCACGGACAACGGAGCUGUCUCAGAGGCAUUCGCAGUGACCAAUGGCGUGAAGCAGGGCUGCGUACUGGCGCCUACCCUCUUCAGUCUUAUGUUCGCUGCCAUGCUGAUGGACGCCUACUGCGACGAACGCCCCGGGAUCCGCAUCGCCUACAGGACGGACGGUCACCUCCUGAAUCAACGGCGGAUGCACUUCCAAUCGCGCGUCUCCACAACCACCGUUCACGAACUCCUCUUCGCCGACGACUGCGCCCUAAAUACCACCUCGGAAGAGAUGCAACGGAGCAUGGACUUGUACUCCGCCGCCUGCGAGAACUUCGGUCUGGUUAUUAACACGCAGAAGACGGUGGUGAUGCACCAACCGCCACCCCACUCAGUCACAGCCCCCAACGCGCCGCCGCAAAUCAGCGUGAACGGAACCCAACUGCAAGUGGUGGAGAACCUCCCGUACCUGGGCAGUACUCUCUCCCGCAACACCAAGAUCGACGACGAAGUCGCCAAUAGGAUCUCGAAAGCCAGUCAAGCCUUCGGUCGCCUCCAAAGCACAGUUUGGAAUCGCCACGGUCUUCAGCUGAGCACGAAGCCGAAGAUGUACAAGGCCGUCAUCCUGCCGACACUACUGUAUGGAGCGGAGACUUGGACGGUGUACGCAAAGCAGGCACGCCGACUGAACCACUUCCACUUCAGUUGUCUUCGUCGCAUCCUGAGGCUGAACUGGCAGGAUCGAAUCCCCGACACUGAUGUGCUGGAACGGACGGGAAUUCUCAGCAUCUACGCCAUACUGAGGCAAAUUCAGCUGCGCUGGAGCGGCCACAUGGUGCGCAUGGACGACGAGCGACUACCCAAACUACUCUUCUACGGAGACGUCGCGACGGGUUCUCGCCGUCAAGGAGGCCAGACUCGCCGUUACAAGGAUACCCUGAAGUCCUCCCUGAAACGCCUGCAAAUCAACCCCACCAACUGGGGGGAGCUCGCACUCGAUCGACCGACCUGGAGGAGGAGAUUGAAGACAGGCGCUGCGAUCUACGAAGCCAACCGCAUCACCGCCGCCAAAGCGAAACGCGAAGCCCGCAAAUCACAACUUCGCCCAGUACGCAACGCCGCCGCACAACCGCUUCCAACGUAUCCUCAAUGUCAAUGGACAUUCCGGGCUCGAAUCAGAUUUGUUGGACAUCUUCGGAUUAUCUGCGCCUCUCGAACGGCACUGACCAUCGUCCCCCCGCCCGCCUCUUCCUCCUCCUCUCCGCCGCCAACUAACUCUGACAAUUCUUCUGACCCACCACUUCCAUCAUCGUCCUCCUCCUCCUCCUCGCCCACUGCUCCAACGGCGGCCGCUCAGGCGACUGUCCCGCGCACAACAACCGACACUACCACCACCUUCAUCGACUCCAGGGAUGAGGAUCAGGACUACACCUGCCCUCACUGCGACCGUACCUUCACCUCACACAUCGGCCUGGUCGGUCACUUGCGAAUCCAUCGCACAGAGACUGGUGAACCAGUGCCUGAAGCACCAACCUACACCCGCCGCACUCGCCUGCACUGCCCACACUGCCCUCGCACCUUCAGGCAUCGCAUGGGCCUUUUCGGCCACAUGCGCAUCCACGAGAGCGGCCUUGACCGCACUCCCGACACACCCACCACAUCCAACACAGCCACCGUGCACACCCCCACCCUCGCUCCAUCCGUCCGCGCCACCACCACCACCACCGCUUCCUCUGUAGCUGACACUUACACCGCCGACUUCUCAUGCCCACACAGUCCACGCACAUUCACCUCACGCAUCGGCCUGGUCGGUCACUUGCGAAUCCAUCGCACAGAGACUGGCAAACCAGUGCCUGGAGCACCCACCUAUACCCACCAAGCUCGUCUCAACUGCCCACACUGCCCUCGCACUUUCAGGCAUCGCAUGGGCCUAUUCGGCCACAUGCGCAUCCACGACGACCUGCGGUUGUCUACCGCAGGUCACACCACACAUUCACUCACUCCCUACCUCCUCCUCCGCCACCGCCACCACCAUCACCCCAUCAGAAAUCAACACUCAUACACCUCAUGCACCCAACUGCCACCUCCCACGCAAGUGGGAAGUCCGCAUCUCGACUCGGUCUCCAUGCGGCUUCGGCUGCACGGGUGA